AUGUUCUCGAAGAUCUUCAAGGGAAAACGCUCCACCAGUACCCAAUCCUCACCCACUGCCGACAAACGUUCUCCUUUCCUCGACUCUGGGACCUCAUCAGGCCUCAAGGCGUCUAAAUCCGAAGGCAAGCCUGGAAAGCAAUUAGAAUACGCGUCUGAGCGGUGGGCUCUUGAUCCUGCUGUACCCGAAUACUCGAAGAAGGAUCCUGUCUUCUCUGCGACCGCCAGCGUAAACUCUUGGAAUAUCGAGGCCCCGCCGGACUACUCCAGGUACACGCUAGACAACAGGGAUCUCGCCAGGCUCUCCUACUAUGAUACCAUCUUCGUCGUCGAUGACUCGACCUCCAUGACCAGCCUCAUGCCAUCCGGCAGAACACGUUGGGAUGAGGCUUGCGAAGCCUUGGCAGACUUUGCCUCCCUAGCCGCCCAGUACGAUGCAGACGGAAUCGACAUCCACUUCUUCAACUCGGAAAAAUCGCGAACCAACAUCCAAAGUCGGUCCACGAUCGACUCGCUAUUCAAAGGGAUGGCACCCAACGGAGGAACCUACAUCGGUAAAAAGAUCAGCCAGCUCGCAGAACCAUAUAUCUCAGCGUUGAACAUGGCUGUCCUGACCCAAGAACCUACCUGGCCGAAACCAAGGAACUAUAUCAUCAUCACAGAUGGCAAAGCUCGCGACGAAGACGUCCUCCGGAACUUCCUCAAAAACACAGCAAGCAAACUCCAGCGCUGGGGAUGCCCACCAGGCCAACUCGGAUUCCAGUUCGUUCAGAUCGGAUCCAACGCAGGAGCGACCAAGUUCCUGGAGGAUCUAGAUGGUGAUAGGAGGAAGCUCGCAACAGAUAUCGUGGACACUGUUCGAGCAGGACCCGGCACCCAAUUUAGUGCGAGCUUCCCCAAGAAGGUAUUGCUUGGUGGGGUCAACAGGUACAUAGACAGGAAGUGCACUGGUAAGGCUGACGGCUACGGGAGGCGAAGGAAGUAG